ACUUAUUCCUGCUGCGCCACGUCAUCGUCACAAUGCGUUGGCUACCUGGUGGGGUAUCCUCCAUUGCACGAUACUCAUCUAUUAAUACUCCAUGAGUCGAAAACAUCUAUGAAAUAAAAAUUUUUUGUCUUCUAUAGUAAAAUGCCUACGAAGAAAAAGAAGAAAGACCGAAAAAGAAACAAACCUGAACUUGACCUUGAACUUGACGAUGAUAACCAUACACAAGAAACGCAGUCUAUAACGAGUGACGAUGACUCCGCAGAAAUGCUAAACCUCCUUGCCAGGUAUGAGUGCUUGUACUUGAACCCACAAUAUAGUGAUCUGACCAUAAUAUGUGGCACUGAAGUCUUCCCAGUCCAUCGGAACAUCGUCUGUCCAAGAUCUUCCUAUUUCGCGCGAUCCUGUGGUGGAAAUUUCAAGGAAGCAUUGGGAACAAUUGAACUCAAAGACCAAGAUCCGAAUCUUAUUAGAAAAGUACUUCAGUUUCUUUAUACCGGCGAUUAUACUUUUGAAAUCGACGGAGAUGAAGAGAAGGAAGAUAAUCUUGGACAGCCGUCUUCUCAAGACCACUCAAGAGGCUUCAAUGCAUGCCAAUUCCACGUUCGGAUGUAUGCUCAAGCCGAUUAUUUUCAGAUUGAUGGUUUAAAAAGUAGGGCAGAAAGAUACUUCCGAGGAUCAUUUUUAGACCAGCCCAGCAAGGAUCCUUUCGAAGCAAUUAUCACAGAGAUAUACACGUCGAUACCUGAAUCUGAUGAACAGAUACGAGAUGCCGCAAUAGAAUUGACGAUGGACAACCUGGAGACUCUUCGAAAUGGGACAGAGGUAAUUUUACUUGAUGGGUUUUUGAAACGGUCACCAGCGUUUGCGGCGGAUCUUUGCAUUGCAAUGUUAAAAAGACGCAGUGAAUCUCAGAAAGAAGAGAUCUUUAGACCUGCUGCCUCUAAACCUCUCUUUACUCUCUAUGGUGGCCAUUAAACACAAUUUCAGUGGAAUAACUUGCUCAUCCGUUCAG